UAUAUUCUAUCACACAUUGUUAUUUGCUCAAGGUGUAUUUAGUAAUCUGUAAUAAUAAAUAAACCUGUGCAAUAAUAGUGAUUCUGUCUAUAAAUAAUAUUUCAGUUAUUGUAGAUUAUUUACUGCUUUUUAUUGCUCAUAUGCUUAUUUAUAAUACUUGUUUUGAUUUAGUUUCUUUGUACUAUGUCUCUUGUUUGCACUGCUUCUAUUCUUAUGAAAAAGCUCCCUGUUUGUUCCUUGUACGCCAUCAUACACUAUGAACUUUACUUUAAUUUUUUAUUUAUUAUUUAUAUUUUAUUAGUGUUCAGAAUCUCACAUACACAUAUUGACAUUUUUCAGAUUCUUUGUAUAAAGAGAAGUAAAAAACAAAAAAAAUAAACACAUAUGCAAAUAAAGAAACAAAAACAAUACCAUAAUAACAAAACUAUAAAUUAAAGCAGGGAGAAAUCAUUUUCUAUAGAGUAAAGAAAUACAGUCAGGCCAUUUAUCUGUGACAUAGUUGCACCACUUUUGCCAGUGCUUAAGAAAUGUUUCCGUUCUUUGGUUAACAUGGGCUGUGAUCUGCUCCAUUCUGUAGAUCUCUGUCACAAUGUCUCUCCAUGAUGUGAUUGUUGGACACUCUGGUAAUAACCAUUUUCUGGUAAUAGACUUUUUACUGGCCACCAGCAUUGCAUUUAUCAAGAGUCUGUGAACUUUACUUUAAUAAGAAAGUGUCUGUAUGAUUGCAGCAUAUUUAUAAAAAUAAAACAGAACUCUGAAGAUGUUCAUGACCUUAUUCCACUCUGCAGCUUCUCGCCGGGGUGAAGAGCUGAAGUCAAGAUGGCCGCUCAGACGGCGUUCUCGGUGGAGAUGUUUCCCGUCAGUGUUCCUGUGACGGAGGACGCGCAGCGCGACUUGCCGAGGAACACGCUGCCGGCCCCUCAGCUGGUGAUGCUGGCAAAUGUGGCGGCGGCAGAGAGCGUUGGCGGUGGUGACGGUAGCGCCGCGGACGAGAAGGAGAUGAUGGAGCUGAAGACGGUGGGAUGCAGCUACUCGGACAGCGAGGAGGAGAACAUCGUCAGCUACGACAACCAAAACUACCGAGAGGUGUGCAUCCUCGAGUAUCCCGAGUCUCCCAGCCCAAACAUCGUCAGCGUGGUUGUAGGAAAUGGCGAGGAGGAGGAGGGGGUCAAAACUGAGGACCUGUCCCGUCACACUAAGCCCCACCCCCCCUCCGCCGCCGCCGCCAAAACACCGGAGCGGGUCCCCGGCCGUCUCCCCGCCGCCGCGCCGGAGAGCGCCAAGAAGAAGAAGCCCUUCCACUGCAAGCCGUGUCACUUCCAGGCUCAGAACGAGCGCCAGUUCGUGGAGCACCUGGGGACCCACGGCGCCAGCAAGAUGAUGGUGGUGAACCGGGUCGAGGGCCGCAGCAAGACCGGGCCCGAGGCCCCGGCGGCGACGGGCGGGGAGCCGGAGAGCGGCGAGGACGCGGCCGACGUGAAGGGGCUGAUCCGGUGCGAGCGCUGCGGCUACAACACCAACCGAUACGACCACUACAUCGCACACCUGAAGCACCACAGCAAGGAGGGCAAGGACCACAGGGUGUUCAAGUGCACGCUGUGUCCCUACACCACCGUGAGCCAGUACCACUGGAGGAAGCACCUGAGGAACCACUUCCCCAGCAAGCUGCACACCUGCAGCCAGUGCUCCUACUUCUCCGACCGCAAGAGCAACUACAUCCAGCACAUCCGCACGCACACAGGUGUCCGGCCCUUCCAGUGUCCCUACUGCGACUACUCCAGUUCUCAGAAGACUCACCUGACCCGACACAUGAGGACCCACUCCGGUGAGCGUCCCUUCAAGUGCGAGAGCUGUAACUACCUGGCGGCCAAUCAGCACGAGGUGACGCGCCACGCCCGGCAGGUGCACAACGGGCCGAAGCCGCUGGGCUGCCCGUACUGCGCCUACAAGACGGCGGACCGCAGCAACUUCAAGAAGCACGUGGAGCUGCACCUGAACCCGCGCCAGUUCCUGUGCCCGCUGUGCAAGUACGCCGCCUCCAAGAAGUGCAACCUGCAGUACCACAUCAAGUCCCGGCACGCCGGCUGCCCGGUGGCGCUGGACGUGUCCAAGGUCAAGCUGCGGGUCAAGAGGCCGGGGGCGGACGGCGACCCGCCGGACCGCUCCUCCGGCCCGGAGGAGGACUUUGAGCCGGAGGACCCGAGUCCCAUCAACCUGUCCACCGGCGGCCGGACUGCCGGAGCUCCCGACAAGCCGCCCAAGAAACCCAGCGUCCCGGCCGAGAGAGGUCAGAAGGUCAAGGAGAAGGCGGAGCCGGAGAAAAGGGUCACAACGAGGCAGAAGAAGACCGAAAAGGUCCACAAGAGUCCUCCAGAGACCGAGACCAGAACCGCUGCCGUCGGUACAGACAAGGGGAAGAGGCGGGUCAAGAAGACCACGGUCCAGAACCAGACGGCAGGACCCAAACCAGAGCACCGACCGUCGGAGGAGCCAGAACCGCCGAGGCCGGAGAAGGAGAGAGGACCCCAGAGGAGCGAGAACAAGAGCCCGAGCAGGACCAGGAAGUCUGCGAAGAAUUCACCGAGAGGACCAGAACUCGCAGACGACGCUCGGCCGGAACCGGAGAGUCCAGAAAGGGAAACGGCCGACAAGAGGAAGGCGGCGGAGGCUCUGGACCUGUCCCCGGGGGCCUCGUCUGAACCUCGGGCCAAGGCCCGGCGGCUCAGACCGGCUGCAGACGACCCCAAGAAGACGCAGCAGGCCACACCCGGGUCCACCGGGGCAAAGAAGACCAGGAACAGCAGCAGGAAAGCCACCAGCCUUCAGCAGCCUGGGGGUCCAGUUGGAGACCAGAAGACCUCCACCCCUCCCCCGCAGCCAGAGGAGACUUCGGCCCGACCCGCCUGCGGCGUCGACCCGCUACCUCCGGCCGCCGGCGGUCCCGCUCCCACGUUCCUCAAACCCGGCUCGCCUCCUCUGGCGCUGCCGGGCCCGGAGGACGACGAGGGGAUCCACAGCAGCCACGAGGGCGGCAGCGACCUCAGCGACAGCGCCUCCGAGGGCAGCGACGACUCCGGGCUCAACGGCGCCGGGUCGGCCAAGAUGGCCAACGACCCCGAGACCCCCACCGACGAGGGCCCCUUCCACCGGGGCCCCGCCGGGCUCAAGACCCACUUGUGCAUCUUCUGCGACCGCACGUUCCCGCUGGAGGGCGAGUACCGGCGCCACCUCAACCGCCACCUGGUCAACGUGUACUACCUGGAGGACGGCGCCGAGGCCCAGAGGUAGGCCUGGUGUCAACACUCGACUCCUCUUGGGUCUCAGGUGGUCCAGGUCUACGUGGGACCGGCUGCACCCCGUCUGUUAGAACCUGCCAAAUAUAAUUUUCUACGAGGAUUUUUAAAAUGUUCGGAGCUUUGUGACAAUCAGCUGCGAAGCUAACGUGGCUAAAGAGGCUAACGUGGCUGGUGUGAAAAUUCCUGCUCUCUGAUUGGCUCACCAGACACAGGGAGCUGGUUGGCUGGAAAUCAAUAAUCAGUGCAAUAUUCCAAGUGAUCACACGAGUUCUCGUCUCCAUGUUUAUCAUGAACUUUAUUCUGACAUGUUUUCCUUCAUAUUAUUAAUAAAGAUCAUUAACAGCUUGUUAAAUCAUGGAAACGUUUAAAGAACAUUUAAUCUUCAUAUCUGUUUCUUAAUAAAGGAUUUUAUAAAUCAA